AUGGCGGGCGAGCAGCAGCAGCAGACGCCAGUGGAUAAUAUCAUUGAAAAGAGUGAUGUCUCUUUUGUAUCUUCGAGUAAUAAUGGCAGCAGCGCUGGUCAAGCACUCGACCAAUUGGCAUUUGACGACAAUUUUGUGGCAGCUUUAACAACGGCCUCUAGCGGGACGGAAACAACGACGUCAAUAACAAGCAGCAAGUCAGCAGCAGAUUUUUUUCUCGAUCAAAUUGCUGCUGUCGUUUCGGAUGAGAAAAAGCUUUCAGAUAAUAUUAUGGACUUGAUUCCACCAGUAGAAGCAUUUGUAAGUCAAGGAGAUGCAGUGACGCAGGGGUCAAGUGCACGAGGGACGUCGUCCAUUGGUAUACCGUUGCAGCCACCCCCUGGAUUAAUGAUGCGUGCCUUGUCGCCACCAACGUCGCUUUUGCCGGAUUUUGGAGAUGUGGCUUCGUUGUCGCUUCUUGGAGAUGCGAUGGUGUCUGGGACAAUGACAGCUAGUUCAGAGGCCAUUGCGAGACCGACGACGACGACGGCGACUACAGCGGUGAAACGGGAGCUUCAGGGUGUGAAGCCUGGAGGUAUAGGUACAACAGCAGUGAUGAGAAGAAAAGCAGAGAUGGCAACAGCAGCGGGUGCAGUGUACAAGAAGCAGAAAUUGGAUAAUGCCAAUCCGGAGCUUGUCGUAAAAGAAGCUGCAGCGUCAGUACCUGUUUCGGGUCAUUCGCAAACUCAGCAACAGCAAGCCAGACAUCAUCUUCAGAAUAACAAUAACACGUUAAGCUCGACCGCGGCGGCGGCCGCUGCAGCCGCAGCAGCACGUGAGAAAGUUAUGAAAGAGCCACAGUCUGGCGAUCUGUACGAGUGUGUGAUCACGAAGCGGAAUGGCGGAUUAGGACUUACACUUGCAUGCGUGGAUGACCACGUACAGAUUACAGGACUUGCGCCGGAUACACCUGCUGCCAACAGCGGCAUCUGUGUUGGCGACACUCUUGUGGCUGUGUCAGGGCUGCCCGUGCGUGGACUGCAAUUUUCGACGGUUAUUGGCCGGCUUAAAUCGACGUCGCGCAACUCGGUUGUACUUAAACUUCGCCGCAACCCUUUUCGACAAACUGCUGGAAGUUUAGCAUCAUACCGCGGAAUGAAACGACCUGGUCGAAGUGUUACUAAGGGGUCUGAUAGCAGCAACAGUGCUAACGUGUUAUCAAGUAAGACCAUGGCACUAGAGACGCGGAUGGCCGGAGGUCUAGGAAAUGGUCAGAAUGGUUCUGCUGGGGAUUUGGGCGGCGUAUCGAACAACACAGGUACAACCGUUGGCUUAGAUGACCUGAACCGCUCAAACCAUCAAGGAGUUACUGGUUUCACGAACCCUGCCACAGGUCCUCACGAUGCCCAACAGUUGCAAGUGCAGCUGAAAUUGGAGCCCAUGAACUCGACAUAUUUUCCUACAGAUGCGUCCAUUCUCACGAUGGGAGCAACAGCUCUUGGAUCCAGUAGCUCUAAUGCUGUUCCGCCCAGCACUUUCGCGCCAUCCUCCUCGGUUCCCAGUGGCUCACAGGCUGAAUGGCGAGUCAGUAGUGAGGAGAAGGACCGUUAUUAUGCCGAGUGCCGUGCUCUUCGACAUGAGUUGGGAAGAAUCAUGGUAGCGCAGCGGAUAAAAAAGCGAGAUACGGCGACUUACACUUCUCAAUUACAAGCAGUCGUGGACAAAUUUCAGGAGCAAGUUCGAUCGUUGGAUUCUGCAUCAUCCGCUACAGCACACGCAAGCGCAAUGGAAGCAUUGCAUGUAGCAUCCACUACUACCGAUAGCGACGAAGUUGCAGCACUACGUCAGAAGCUGGUGGAAGCAAAUCAGACGCUAGCAAAACAACAGACAGAAAUACUGGCGCUUCAAGAGCGUGAAGCUCGGCAUGCACUGCCGGAAGCCCAGAGGGUAAAGUGGCAACUUGUGUCGAACAUGCGCCAAAGCUUGCUUCAGAUUGACUGCAAAGCGGCUUCCAAGUGGUCAUCUACGCCGUCUGUGAAGAAGAUCGGUGUGUCCUCCGGCCCGACCUCGAACUUCGAGAAGCGACUUGAUGGCGUUCGCCCGUGCUCUUUUGCACUUUUGGUUGGGCAGACCAGCGUAAAAAUUGAAUCACCCACAGUUGAGCUUGACCUUCGUGCGGAGGCUUGUAUGGAGUUACUAGGUUGGAAUCUCCGCGAAGUAGUAGUCCAAGCAGCAAAAACGUACACUGUAAGCGUGGCUGAUAGUGUUCAUAUGAAGUACAUGCGAACUGAAGAAGUGCUGGUCGUUUCGUGGACGCUGUGUGUGAAAGACAACAACUAG